CGGAGAGCGGAAGUGACUUUGCUUUUUGCGACAUGCGCGUUUCUUCCUCGCUAGUUAGUCCUAUGAGCUAGCUGUCACAGUACCAAUCCAGCUAACAAAAUGAAUAUACGAAACGCGAGGCCUGAGGACCUUAUGAAUAUGCAGCACUGCAAUUUGCUGUGUCUUCCAGAAAACUACCAGAUGAAAUACUAUUUCUAUCAUGGACUGUCUUGGCCUCAGCUCUCAUACAUUGCAGAAGACGAAAAUGGCAAAAUAGUGGGAUAUGUGCUCGCAAAGAUGGAAGAGGAUCCAGAUGAUGUACCCCAUGGACACAUCACAUCCCUGGCAGUGAAGCGCUCCCACCGACGUCUGGGCCUCGCACAGAAGUUAAUGGAUCAGGCCAGUCGCGCCAUGAUAGAAAAUUUCAAUGCAAAAUAUGUCUCACUCCAUGUUCGCAAGAGUAAUCGAGCAGCUUUGCAUCUAUACUCCAACACACUCAAAUUCCAGAUUAGCGAGGUAGAGCCUAAAUACUAUGCAGAUGGGGAGGAUGCCUAUGCCAUGAAAAGAGAUUUGGCCCACAUGGCUGAUGAGCUGAGAAAGCCAGGAGUGCGAGUGUCUGGUCAGGAUGCACCUUCUGGCCAGGGUUCAUCAGGGUCUGGAGACCAGGAGAGAGAGAGUGAGCGAGACAGCGGAGGAGAGAGCAAAGAACUGAGUGAAGUCAGCGAGGCGACAGAAAGCACGGACGUUAAAGAUUCGUCUUCAGAUUCACAAUGAUGCUGCAGUCAUAGACACUUUUUAAAUUCACCUUUUGUUUGCUCUUUUUAUCGGCAGAACUCUUGUCCCUUACUGCAAUGUGUUUCAAAGGGUUAAAUGAUAUGAAUUAGCGCCUUACCCAAAUUAAUUUUAAUGGAGACUGGUUUAAUUUUUAUGGAACUGCUGUUAUUUCCUGGCCUGAGGUUUUGUGAAAUUUACAAAAUUGCAAAUUAUUUUAAGUUUGUAUUGGUCAGGUUACUUAUUUAACAAAGUGAGUCAAAAUAAAUCUUUCAAAUGAU